AUAAUAAUAUAUAUAUACAUGCACACAGUGUGUUGUAUGAGAGAGAGAUAAUUGGUGGUCCUAGUGUCCAAGUUAUACAAGCUAAAAUUUGCCACAUGUGUGACCAAUGACAUGCAAGGACCUUCUCAUCCUGUAGAACACACAUUCAUUUAAUUAUUUUUCCUUUGCAUGCAUUGUUUGAAAUGAAACAACACAUCUGAGCAGGAGUUUUAGCUCCAUUAUUUGCUAUGGAUGUUGGAUUUGAGUGCCAGGAAGAUGAGAUUCAAGGGAACUUCAGGAAACAACUUGCUGCUGUUGUUAAGACUCUUCAAUGGUGCUAUGCAAUCUUUUGGGCUCACUCAAGUUGUCAGAAAGGAUUGUUAGUUUGGAGUGAUGGAUACUACAAUGGAGACAUUAAAACAAGGAAAACAACUCAACCUAUGGAACUUCAAGCAGAUCAAUUGGGUAUCCAGAGAAGUGAGCAAUUACGAGAAUUGUAUGAAUCUCUUUCGGCCGGCGAGAGCAGUCCGCCGGCAAGACGACCUUCUGCUUCAUUGUCUCCAGAAGAUCUCACUGAUACAGAGUGGUAUUACUUGGUCUGCAUGUCAUUCACGUUCACUUCAGACGAUGGAAUCCCCGGGAAAAUCCUCGAUGACAAUCAGCCUAUCUGGUUGAACAAUGCACAAUUUGCCGACAGCCAAACAUUUUCCCGGUCUCUUCUCGCAAAGAGCGCAUCAAUCCAGACAGUAGUUUGUUUUCCCUUCAUGGAUGGAAUUCUAGAGCUGGGCAGCACAGAAAUGGUUCCCAAGGAUCCAGAUCUAGCACAACAGAUUAUAACAUCCUUUUGGCAGUUCACAAACCCAGUUAUCUCUGAGCAAUCAAUAUCGAGCCCCCAGUUAGAUGAUAACCUUGUGGACGCAGAUUUCGAUCAUGAUGAUGUUGAUACAAGAGCUUUGGAAUAUCCCGAUGUUUCUGAAUGUCUGACUCCAAACAACCAAAAUGAAUUGAGAACAAGCUCCCUGAGUGACAGCAUAGACGAGUAUCUACAGAAUCAAGACAUUGAGAACCAACAUUUGAUGGACAAUGAAUGCAGCAACGCCGAUUGCAUUUGCAUUCCGGUUGAUUUCACAACCAAUGGAACUCACUACACAAAGACUCUUGCUGCAAUUUUAGGAAACCCGAAGCAACAAGAGGGGAUAACAUCAUCUUUACACGUGAAUGUCCCCAAAUCAACCUUCAAGAUUUGGAGAGGAGCAUCAACAUCUCAAGCAACUCUCAGUGCCAUUCCUCAAAAGAUGUUGAAAAAAAUAAUUGUUAAUGUUACAUGGAAUUCCGGCCUACAGAAUGGGAUUCACCAAACUGAAGGUGAUGAUGCAAGUGCAAACCAUAUGUUAUCAGAGAGAAGACGACGAGAAAAACUCAACGAGAAGUUCAUCAUUCUCCGAUCACUUGUACCUUCAAUCAGCAAGUUUGAUAAAGCAUCAAUAUUAGGCGACACAAUAGAGUACCUGAAAGAGCUGGAGAGAAGAGUUGAAGAGCUUGAAUCAAGCAGAGAGUUGAUGGAUGCUGAAGCUAGAGAAAGACCAAAACACCCAGAUGUAUCAGAGAGGACAUCGGACAAUUAUGGUGCACACAACGCCAGUAAAAAGCGAAAGGCUUGCAUCGUCGAUGAGCCUGAAACUGAACAACACCAUUGGGUUUUAUCCAAAGAUGGUCCAGUUGAUGUCAAUGUUACGCUAAUGCAGAAGGAUGUGGUAAUUGAAAUGCAUUGUCCUUGGAGAGACUCUCUACUUUUCGACAUCAUUGAAGCCAUGAACAAUCUUGAUCUGGACAGCCAUUCACUGCAGUCAAACACAGAAGAUGGUAUUCUUGCAAUGACAGCAAAAGCCAAGAUUAAAGGCACGGUUUCGGCGUCAGCGGGGACAAUCAGAAAAGCGCUUCAUAAAGUCCUUGCAAAGUCUUGAAAAUAAAGGAUAAAAGAGACGUUUGUGAGUUCAAUUUGUCACGAAUGUACAAAAGGUUUCUGAAAAAAAUUCUCGGGCUGAAGAAAUUUUUUCAGUUGACAUGAACUCAUUUCAAUCAGUUAGCUCUAAAUUUCGUUUCGUAUA